AUGCGUUUUUCAAAGGUGUGUUCUCAGCUAGCCUUUGGAAAAAUUGGUUCUCGCGGUCCGGCCAAUCUAUCCACUGUUCUUAAAUCGAGAUACUUUUGCCUCGCGGAGCAUCAAAAGCCUCUAUUCAUGAUGCCUAUCCGAUGCUUAUCCGCUGCACAAUCUGCUCCGAAGGAAGAUUACACUCUUUCUCGUGGUACGACAGUCAAGAAAAAGUUUCAAGCCGAAACACAAAAGCUCUUGGAUAUUGUUGCCAAGUCCCUGUAUUCCGAAAAAGAGGUGUUUAUCCGUGAACUGGUAUCCAAUGCUAGUGACGCGAUUGAGCGUUUACGAUUCCAAAACACAACCCAAGCUACACAACCUGAUCAGUCACAAAAUCCCAUGGAAAUUCGCAUCCGAACAGACAAGUCCAAAAAGUUGUUGAUUAUUGAGGACACCGGUAUUGGUAUGACUCGGGAAGAGAUGGAAGAGAAUUUGGGCACAAUCGCUCGUUCCGGGAGUCGAGAGUUUCUGUCCGGAUUGAAAGAACAAAAUCAGGCGGUGAAUAAUACGGAUAUUAUUGGCCAAUUCGGUGUCGGAUUCUAUGCCACAUUCAUGGUUGCCGAUAAGGUGGAAGUCUAUUCCCGCUCGCAAUCAACCAGCAAAGACUCUACUGUUGGCUAUCGAUGGUCUUCCACCGGGCAUGAUGGAGAAUUUGAAAUGUGCGAAGUGCAAGAUAUGCCCGCGGGGACUAAAAUUGUACUCCAUCUGAAAGGUGAUUCCUCGGAAUUUGCCGAUGAAGAGGUGGUCGACAAGAUUUUGCGCAAAUACAGCAAUUUCGUAACCGCGCCGAUCUUUCUGAACGAUCGUCGUAUCAAUGUGAUCGAGCCGACUUGGGUUAAAGAUCCGUCCAAGUACUUAUGCGGUAACACGUAUGACAGCCCGCGCUAUUCAUUUAUGUACAAAACGGAUGCGCCGAUCAACCUGCGUGUACUCCUCUAUGUGCCCAGCUUCAAACCGAGCCUUUUUGAUGUGGCUCGUGACAACGAUUCCGGUGUUGCGCUUUAUUCCCGUAAGUUAUUCCCCAUUUACUGGCACGUAGCUAACGCAUUUCGAUAUAUGCUUUGGCAACAGGUGUUGAUCUUGAAUCGAACCGGCGCGUUGCUUCCAAAGUGGCUUCGUUUCAUGCGCGGUGUGGUGGACAGUGAGGAUGUUCCGUUGAAUUUGAGUCGUGAACUGUUACAGGACAGCGCUUUAAUCAACCGAAUCAAACGUCUGCUUACAGGCAGAAUCAUACAGUUUUUCUCGCGCGAAGCGUCUCGUGAUGCGGCCAAGUUUGAUGUGUUUCUCAACGAUUUCGGUCUGUACUUGAAAGAGGGUUUGAUCACCGAACCGGAGCACGAGACACGAGAACAGAUUGCGCGUCUGUUACGUUGGGAAUCGAGCGCGUUGCCGGUUGGACAAAAAACAGGUCUGGAUGAUUAUGUGAGUCGAAUGGCAGCCGGGGAACGAUCGAUUUAUUUCCUCUCGGCACCAAGUCGUCAACUAGCCGAGUGUUCACCGUAUCUGGAAGCGGUUCGCAAGAAAGCGACCAAUACCGAGGUAAGAAGUUUGUGA